AGUCAACGCCGUCUCCUUUUAACGAAUCAAUAUUUUUAUAUGCCUUACGAUCGAACCGGAAGGUUCACAAGGAUUUGCGCCGGUACGUGGUGGUAUCUUCAUGGGGUUCUUGUCCAGCCUUUUUACCUGCUUCAGUGAGGAGCCCGAAGACGAGGAGGAAUGGAACAUCUCCUUUGACCUUCGCACUCUGCAGGUUUCCACCAACUUCUUCUCCGAGAGUAACUUUCUCGGCGAUGGUGGCUACGGUCGUCUUUAUAAGGGAUUGAUGCCAAAUGGUCAAGAAGUGGCUGUUAGGAAGUUUUCGGAAUGGUGUGUGCCGCUGAACUUCCGAAAUGAGAUGAAGCUACUAAUAGAAAUCUACCAUGAGAACUUGGUUACCUUGCUGGGGUAUUGUGAAGAAGGCUCUGGGAGGAUGCUUGUUUAUGAGUAUCUGCCGAACGGAAGCCUUGAUAACUUCCUCUUUGACAAAGACAAAUUUUCAUGCUUGGACUGGACAACCCGAUUUCGGAUAGUAAAAGGUGUGGCAAGAGGUCUUCUUUAUCUCCAUGAAGAAGUACCUGGAAGUGGAACAAUCAUUCACAGCAGUAUUUGUGCUCGUAAGAUUUUGCUUGAUGAGAAAUUUAAUCCAAAAAUAUCAGAUUUUGGCAUUGCAAAGCUGUUUCCAGAGAAAAGCACCUAUGUCAAUGUCUCGAUGAUCUCUGGUGUUCUUGGGUACAUGGCCCCUGAAUUAAUGCACGGAUAUUUGUCGGCGAAGGCAGAUGUUUUCAGUUUUGGAAUUUUGGUUUUAGAGAUAGUAAGCGGAAUAAAGGCGUGGUUAGCUGAAGCAAAUGAAAGCCUGUUGGAAAAUUCAUGGAAGCUUUAUAAAGAAGGGAAGAGCUUGGAAUUAGUCGAUUCAAAUCUUUCCCAGUACAAUUGCGAAGAGGCAGCCAAGUGCAUUCAGAUAGGAUUGUUAUGUUGUGAAGAAAGCCAUAAAUAUAGGCCUGAUAUGAAGUCUGUUAAUCUCAUGCUUUCAAGUGAGUCAUCAACUCUGCCUACACCUAUUUCAAUUUCUAUGGAGGAUGAUGAAAGCAUAUGUUGCCUCUCUGUUUCGUCUUAUGAUGAGGGUAGGUGAAGCAUUUGUUCUGCUAGUCUGUAUGUAAGUCAUUUUGUUUGAUAAACUUCUACACUGCAGUUCGGUUGUGAUUACUAGGAAUUUCUUCUACUUAAAA